GCUAUCGGUUUUUGGCAGCGACUUCGGGACCUACGAGCAGAUCGCCCUACCCGGCACGGACCAGGCCACCUUGGCUGGCGCAGCCCACGAUGGGAAGGAGCCUCCGGCUCUGUUCCUUCUGAUGGUUCAGUGGGGAGAUGGCAGGCCUGAAGAAGACCGCUGCCUCACGGUGAUCAAAGCUGCCAUGGAUGGCUCGGAGUUGAAGCGCCAGGUCUUGGAUGGUGGGAAGGACGGCUUGGACAUGGUCUGCUUUGGUCACUACGAUGGCCUGGCCGCUCCUCAGCCGCCACCCUACGGUGCUCAACUGUCGGUCGCUUAUGCAGGCGGCCUGUUGGGUGUCCACCUGGGGCGCUUCAUGCACAAGUCCGAAGACGGACUUAACCACCAAGCUGGCAUCUGGUUUACGUUGAGCGCAGAUACCUUGCAGGUUCAGCAGCCACCUGCGCGGACCACAAGCCACUCUCUGGACUCGGUAGUAACCACCAGCAUGGAUCGGCAUGGAUACCCUGAGUUCCUGUGUUGCGACCUCGGCGAUGCGUAUCCCCGGGGACUGCACCUGCAUCGCUUCGUGAACCGGGCCUUCAGUGGUGCCAACCAGAGCCUCGUCGUCUACUCCUACAAAUGCCGCCAUGGCGAGGCCCCGAAGAACGAUGCAGGGAUGGAGUUCGAAGCCUAUGAGUCACUCAACAAGGAGAAUGCUCCCACCUACUACAAGUGGAGCAACGACAACGCAUGCUACACCGAGCUGGGUGGCGUCGCAGCGCUGGGAAGUUCCGUUCUUGUUGCUUUUGCUGGAGAAGGUUCUCCGAGCCUGGACUGCCUGUCUUCGGACGCUUUUGCCUCGGCACCCUCAGAAAGGCAUCGGAUCACUCCGCGGAACUUGGGCGUCGUGUCGGUCCGGAAGAACUGGGAAGGACCCAAGGAUGAUGUCUGGAACUCAAAGAGCAGUUAUAGCCACAAGGGCGGCUUCUACGCCUUCCGCGGUGAGUGGCAGGAGCAGGCCGUGCAGAACAUCUGCUGGCUGACGGACCUCAAGGGGGAUGCCAACGUCUCGCGCCUGAAAGCCUGUGCCAUGGGUGGUCAAGUGCUGCUGCUCUGGGAGCUCUGGGGCAGAAGCUACGUCACCACAUGUGCACAAUGCGUGGACGAGAAGGGUGAGCCCGUUGGCGAGCAGAUCAACCUUGGCACGCAGAUCAGGCUGAGCCGGCGGAGCGACCCUGUGGCCACAUCACUCGGAGAUCUCAUUGUCACGCAGCGCCAGGAAAGCGAGCAGGGCCCAGUGCUGCAGAUCACCGUCCUCUCCACUGGAUUGGCAAGCAAAGCCACCGAGGAGCCAGACGAAGAGGUCACCUCGGAAGAGCUCGCUGCAGGGGGCAAGCGGAAGUUCAAGUUCUCGCGCAUGACGCUGCGCCUGAAAGCAGUGCUGGAUUAUUGUCGCGAGGCCAACGCUGGGAAAAACACCUGGCAGUCCGGAACAUUGGGUGAGGUGACGUGGGAGGAGGCAUGUCAACAUGCCUUCGCCCACGAGAACUUCGUGGACGUCAUUUUCGAUCCUGACGGCUUCACCAAGGAAGCUCCGAUGCUGAAAGUGCGGCUGCCGGUGUAUCUCAAAGGGGACACGAACUCUUGCAUCACAACCUUCACCGUCGUUCCAACUGGGAAGAAGAAGGCCGUUGACUACAGCAAGGCCGCUGCAAAGACCAGCGCGAAGAAGAAAGUCUCCAAAUGA